UUCCUAGACACUUCCGUGCACACGGCGCGACACAAAUGGCGUUCGAAUUGUCACAAUUGUUGACACACCUUGGUUGAGUCUCCUUGGUCUCUAGUCCUCUUGGUCGCUACAUUUCAUCGGUGCUGAAGCUAUAUUGAACAAUUACCACAAAUAAAAUGGUUAAUACGUGUUGUGUCUGCGGAAAAGAAUACAAUCACAACGAAAGUCGCACAUUUCACAGCUUUCCUAAAAAUCCAGACCUGAAGCAAAAAUGGUUUGACGCAAUUGGUAAAGUUGUCAAGUAUUCUGCUCGUAUUUGUAGUGAUCAUUUUUCUCAAGAUGACUUCAAUCGUUACACUAGAGAACGAAAACGUCUGCUGCCAAGUGCAAUACCUUGCAAGCAGAAUAGAAGCAAUCCAGUACGCAGAGAAAUGAACGAGCAGAUAAGUGAACAUUACAAAGGCAAGACCCAUUUAGACAUAGUGUUUCAUGAACAGCAUUCCUGCGAUACAAAUGCAAUUAUUGGUAAUAAUAGCUCGCAAACUUCUAUCAAAAGUGAUGUGGAUAUUAGUAAUUCCAAUCCAGAUGAUGGAAGCAUAGCUACAAAAAACCACACGAGUUACAGCUGUAUCGAUGAAAAGCCCUGUACUUUCCCAAGUAAAUUUAACGACCAAAACGGCCCGAGUACUACUACUAUUAGAAAAAGACAAUUAGGUGUCUAUGAUAAAAAUAUACUACGUAAAAGAAUUUGCUUGGACCUCCCAAAUAACGAGGUCGCAGCUUUUACAAGAAGCAACUUCACAUCUGAUGAGGCGUGGAAUACAUUUGUCCGCUCAACUGUACAUAUUAGACAGAAGAGGAAGAUUCUUGUCCAAAAAUGCAGACGUUUGCAAAAGAGCUUAUCAGUUAGAAAGUUUGUUAGAGUCUCUUGGAAAUAAGCGCUUAUUUACGAAUAGUAGUAUAGAUGAUAUGAAAGUAAGUAAUGCUACAAUAUUAAUUGCAGAUUGUUAAAGAUAAAAUAAACCUACUUUUUUUUUUCAUAUAAAAGAUGAGGCAGAUUCAACUAUAAAUUUAAUAAAUCAUUUUGGUAAAAUUUGGUAAGAAAAUUAUCCUUAUUCUUUUACUAGAGGAUAUAAUUUUACUUAUAUCUUCUGCUUAUGUUUACCGCAGAAACUUGUAUUUAAUUGUACUAAUGUCAAGAUAAAAGUAACGAAAAUA